AUGCUAUCCCGAUACUACCCGAAUCUCACACUUCUACUACGCAUUACAGCGCGAAUGCUACAAUUUCCCCAUCGAGAACAGAAAUUAACCAAUCGUCUAACACCACAAGAGAUCAAGAGCCUCAUGCAAGUCUCUGUACGCCACGUACAGAGCCAGCAUUACCAGAAGGAAAUCAAUCAGCUAGAACGCAAUGGGGAAGUAAAUCUCAGCAGCUCACUUCGCCAGCUAAAACCAUAUCUGGACGAACACCAUCUCCUCAGGGUGGGCGGUAGGCUGCAGCUCUCGGAGCUCAGCUACGGUACGAAACAUCCGAUCUUGCUGCCGCGCAGCUCACCUCUCACCGCACUCAUUCUCCAUCACGAGCACCACGAGCAGCUUCACUGUGGACCGCAAUCAUUGCUGACUGCUGUACGACGACGUUUUUGGAUUGUUGGAGGAACGAGUGCGGCCCGAAAGACUUGUCGAGCCUGCGUCGAAUGUGUGCGUGCGAAGCCAGCACCCUUGCAUCAACUAAUGGGGCAGAUACCUAGCGAUCGCCUGACACCGAAUUCCCCCUUCUACAUCACCGGCAUCGAUUAUGCCGGGCCAAUCAAUAUCAUAAGUCGCCGCUCACGGGGCGCUACAUCUAGCAAAGGUUACAUCGCACUGUUCGUGUGCUUUUGCACCCGCGCCGUGCAUCUUGAAGCAGAUUCGGAUCUCAGCACAUCCGCAUUCAUCGAUGAUUUCACGCGCUUUAGCAGCCGAUAUGGAUUGCCAAGCAGACUUUACUCGGACAACGCUACCAACCUUCGGGGAGCUGCCCGAAAAUUCCGAAUUGAGUGGAAGUUUAUUCCCGCACGAUCGCCGCACCACGGUGGCCUCUGGGAGGCAGAAAUAAGAGUGACGAAGGGGUUUCUGAGCAAAAUCGGUGGCGAUGCUCGAUUCACUUUCGAAGAGUUGAGUACCGUCCUCGCUCAAGUGUCGGCCUGUAUGAACUCCCGGCCGAUCUCUCCACUCUCCAAUGACCCGAGCGAUCCUCAACCUCUCACAACGGCUCAUUUUCUCAUCGGUCGCCCGCUAUGUGCCGUGCCUGAGAUCAAUCAGUUGGAACGCAACAUCGGAUCCCUAACCAGAUGGGAACACGUACAACGCGUCGUGCAACAGUUUAGUGUUCGGUGGCAGAACGAAUAUGUUCUUUCUCUUCAACGUAUGGCAAAGUGGCAAAAGGCAGCACCAAAUAUUUCGAUUGGUGAUUUUGUGCUGCUGGUGGACGACAACGAGAAGCCCAAGCAGUGGCCCAUGGGCCGCAUCAUUGAUACUUUUCCUGGAUCCGAUGGCCACGUCAGGGUGGUGGCUAUCAAGACCGCAAGCGGUACUACGCGACGAGACGUUAGGCAAAUCCGGCGAAUCCCCUUGGAAGACGAUGAAUACGUACCAGGACGAAAUGAAGCGGAAAUUCCAAGAUGUAAUUAUGUCGUGGCGGAAUCUAAGGAAUGUCCGUCCACGCUGCAGUAA